AUGAGAUCCCUCCUCUAUUAUACCGGCUGCUUCAUUGCUGUCCUUGGUACUGUUCAUGGUGCCCCCGCUAGGAACGCCAUCCGGAACUCCGGGAAUCCUCCAUUGAGAGGAUCCGAGGACCUUCUGGGGUACUCUUCUGACAAUAAAUUAUCCGACCAUUCCACCGAAGAAGUCAAGUAUACCCUUCUUCCGGCGCAGAAGGAGGAUCCGAAGAUAGGAUCAUAUCUGGACUUUGAGAAGGCCGAUAACCCGCAGCCCAUUCGCGGCGACCUGGGAGCGUCCGACCCUGGUCCUCGCAACUACAACUAUGACCGGAUUAACAGCGAUAAGCUAGCUCCCCCGGGGACAGACAAUGGACAGACAAUCAAUGCGCAAUGGCCGAUGGGCUCACUCAGGGACAGAUACGGCUCUGAGAACUCGGGAUGGGCUCGUCAAGAGAACACCGUCGUCAUGCCUGACGCGACUAAGAUGGCCGGUGUCGAUAUGCGCCUGGAAGCCGGGGCGUAUCGUGAAUUGCACUGGCACGUGGCAAGUGAGUGGUCUUUGGUGCUUAACGGAUCGUGUCGCAUUCAGGCGGUUAACGAGAACGGCGAAACCUUUGUCGACGACGUGACAGAAGGUGAUGUGUGGUUUUUCCCUCCUGGUGUUCCCCAUUCCAUCCAAGCCCUAGACGCAGGGGUUGAGUUCCUCCUCGUCUUCGACGACGGGGAUUUCUCUGAAGACAACACCUUCCUCGCAUCCCAAGUCUUCAGCCACAACCCCAGAUCUGUGCUAGCCAAAAACUUCGACCUCCCCAUCUCCGCCUUCAACGACAUCCCAGAGGACGAACUCUACAUUUUCCCCGGUACUAAAGCCCCCAAAGAUAUCGAGGAGCAAAACGUAACAACAGCCGCUGGCAUCGUGCCUCUAAGCCAAAGCUACUCAUACCAUUUCUCUGAGCAACCAGCUCAUGAAGUCGCCGGCGGUUCCGUGAAGAUCGUCGACCCUGUCACCUUCCCAAUCGCCACUAACUUCGCCGCCGCCAUUGUGACUGUGAAACCCGGCGGCAUGCGCGAGAUCCACUGGCACCCCACCAGCGACGAGUGGACGUUUUUCAUCAAGGGCAAGGCCCGCGCGACGUUGUUCACGGCGCCUACAACGGCGACCACGUUCGAUUACCGCGCUGGCGAUGUGGGCUAUUUCCCGCAGUCGAAUAGCCAUUAUAUUGAGAAUACGGGGGAUGAGGAUUUGAUGUUUUUGGAGGUUUUGCAGACUGACAAGUUCACCGAUAUUGCCCUCGGCCAAUGGAUCGGGUCCACUCCGAAGCAGAUCGUGGCCGAUACAUUGAAGCUGCCUGAGAGUGCUCUAAGUAAACUGAAGACAGAGAAACAGUACGUGGUUGCUGGGUCGAAUGUGACGGAUGUUGCAAAGAGAUGA